AUGAAAAGGGAAUUACUCCUCUCCAUACCCUGGCUGACAAACCUUCCGCCUUUGAAAGCAGCAGCAAUUUCAGAUGGAGCGGAUGCAGAAAACCCAAGUUACGACGGAUAUGAAACUGUGCCGCCAAAUUACCGGACAUGUUUUGACAUUUUCGCGCGUGCAUUCACCUUUGUUGUCUGGCCUGUCGUUAAAACCCUAGGAUUUUGGAAACUAAAGGAUUUGGAGAAAAAGAAACAAAAGCACAUCUGGUGUCGCCAAAUACUGGAUCGACUUUGGGAGAAUAAGGAUUUAGUAUACGUUGGAGGUGGAAGUGCCCUCCAAAGCUAUUCCUUACGUCAUGGAACUACCGAAGGAGAAUCAUCAUUUCCCAGACCCAGUGGUCAGAUCGUUGACAAACAAGAUAAAAAGAACGAGGAGACUGAAAUUGUUGAUGAGGGUGGAAAAAAAUUAAAAGGUAAAAAGAAUGAGGAGACUAAAAUUGUUGAUGUGGAUGAAAACAAAUUAAAAGGCGACGGAGAGAAGAAGGAAGAAGGGGACAGAAAGGAGUCGGCAUUAUUUAUUGCAGCGAAAAAUGGAGUUUUGGAAAUACUGGAGAAAAUUCUUAAGGAUAAACCAGGGGCCAUCCAUGAAACCAACUCGAAAGGCCAAAAUGUGUUGCAUAUAGCAGUCGAGUACAGGCAACCCCAUGUUUUGAAGCUUCUCGAGCAGCAGAAGUUGUGGAAUAACCUCGUUCAAAGCAUAGACGAUGAAGGAAACACUAUCCUCCACUUGGCCGCCAGGCUCUCCCAGUACAAGCCCUGGCACAUCCCUGGAUCUGCCUUGCAAAUGCAGUGGGAAAUCAAAUGGUUUCUGUAUGUCAAGGAUAUAAUGCCCAAUUAUGUGUCAUUCCUCCCGAACAAAGGCCAUAAGACACCGGUGGAAAUUUUCAGAGAAGAUCAUGAGAAUCUAAUCAAAGAAGGCACUGAUUGGCUCAACCACACGUCACAGUCGUGCUCUGUGGUGGCCGCACUUAUUGCCGGCGUGGCCUUUGCCACGUCUACGAACGUCCCCGGCGGCACUCAGGAGCAGACGGGCAUGCCUACAUUGGAAAACCACCCGGCUUUCAACAUGUUUGCGCUCACCUCCCUCUUGUCUCUCUGCUGCUCCAUCACCGGUCUCAUUAUGUUCCUCGCCAUCCUCACCUCCCGCCAUCAGCCUAGAGAUUUCCGCAAAGAUUUGCCUCUAAAACUUUUUUUGGGGUUGAGUUCGCUCUUCGUCUCCAUCGCUUCCGUGUUGGUUUCUUUCUCCGCCGCAUUCUUCUUUGUGCUCAAGGAGAAGCAGGUUGUUUUCCUGCUCUACGCCGCCACCGUCUUGCCCGCUGCUUUCUAUGCCGUCUCCCAAUUCCCCCUUUAUGUUGAUCUUGUCAGAGCUAUCUUCCGCGAGGAUCCCCAGUCCAGUAAUAGAGAAUCUGAGAAGCUUAUUCUCUGA